AUGACGGGGUUUGGAAGGGUGUUCCGUUUGUUAGCGAGUAGAUUAAAGUUGAAUACUGAUGCUGUAUUUGAUGUGGAGAAUAAUAUUAUGGGCCUCGGUUGGAUCUUGUGGGAUGAUGAAGGACGAUUUCUGGCUGUCAAAAGUACUCGUGUUCCUGGACAGUAUAGUGUUUUGGAGGCGGAAGUGUUUUGUGUUCGGGAAGCUCUCAGUUGGCUCAAGGAUACUGGUCUGGGAGAUGGAGAUGUAGAAACAGACUCACAGUUAUGUUAUUAUGCUUUACUUUCGAAUUCCUUUUAUUCUGCUUUUGGUUUUUUAGUUGAUGAUGUUAAAGAAGUUGCCUCUAUGAUUAACGGGGUUAACUUUGGUUUCGUGAAGCGAUCUGCGAAUCGUGCAUCAUUCUCUUGCUAG